CUAGUAGGGAUUCUCCAAGGGUAAAAACCCAGGCAGGCAUUUCUACCAUUUCUUAGAGGUCAAGUUCAUAUCUCUGUAUGUGCAGAAGUGCCACUAAUGCUUGAAACUUAACUUCUGACAGAAGAUUGCACUCUUUGCCUGAAUUUUCAUCUUCUCUGUUAAGCCUUUGCUGAAAGACAAUGGAUUGGGUCAAUAUUGCUCCUGAAGGCUUACUAUUUAUACUCGUUCUCCUGCUGAUUCUGAAAAGACAACAUGUCUGGAACAGCCACACAAGAGACAACUUCCCCCCAGGACCCAGGGCUUUACCCAUCAUUGGAAAUCUGCACACUGUGGAUCUGAAGAGACCUUACCUGACAAUGCUAGAGCUAGCCAAAACUUAUGGCCCAGUCUUCAGCAUUCAGAUGGGACCAAAGAAAAUGGUGGUGCUAUCAGGAUAUGACACAGUGAAAGAAGCUUUGGUGAACCAGGCGGAUGCAUUUGCAGGGAGACCUAAAAUACCAAUCCUUGAAAAAGCAGGAAAAGGAAGAGAAAAAGGAGUUAUAUUUUCUUACGGAGAAAACUGGAAAGUGAUGCGAAGAUUUACUCUUACAACCUUACGAGACUUUGGAAUGGGCAAGAAGGCUAUAGAGGAUCGUGUUGUAGAAGAGUACAGAUGCCUGGCAGACACCAUCGAGGCACAGAAAGGGAAGCCCCUUGAGAUGACUCUGAUGUUGAAUGCCGCUGUCGCUAAUGUCAUCGUAUCCAUAUUGCUUGGAAAGCGAUAUGACUAUGAAGACCCCACAUUCAAAAGGCUCCUGUUAUUGGUGAACGAAAAUGCCAGGAUUUUGGGAGCUCCAUCAAUUUCGAUAUACAACAUGUUCCCGUUCCUUGGGUUCCUCCUGAAGGACUACAAAAUUUUUAUUCAGAAUGUAAAAGAAAUCAGUGCUUUUAUCAAGGUGACUUUCAUAGAACAUCUCAAAGCUCUGGACAGAAAUGACCAGAGGAGCUUCAUUGAUGCUUUCCUCGUGAGACAACAAGAGGAGAAUGGAAAGGCCAAUGAAUAUUUCAGUAAUGAAAACUUAAUUGAGGUUGUGAGAAAUCUGUUUGCAGCUGGUAUGGAGACCACGUCCACCACUUUGCGCUGGGGCCUUCUGCUCAUGAUGAAAUAUCCUGAAAUUCAGAAAAAAGUCCAAGAAGAGAUAGAGCAAGUGAUAGGGUCAACCCCACCACGAAUCGAGCAUCGAACUCAAAUGCCAUACACGGAUGCUGUUGUCCAUGAAAUUCAAAGGUUUGCUAAUAUCUUGCCAUUGAACUUGCCUCAUGAGACUACUGCAGACGUGACCCUCAAAGGCUAUUUCAUUCCCAAGGGAACCUACAUUAUCCCUUUACUGGCCUCUGUCCUGCGAGACAAAUCCCAGUGGGAGAAACCAGACAUCUUCUACCCUGAGCAUUUCCUCGACUCAGAGGGGAAGUUUGUAAAGAAAGAAGCUUUCAUACCUUUUUCAGCAGGGCGGAGAAUCUGUGCUGGAGAGACUCUUGCCAGAAUGGAGCUCUUCCUCUUCUUCACCAGCCUUCUGCAGAGGUUCACCUUCCGUCCUCCCCCUGGAGUUUCCAUCUCAGACCUGGACCUCUCUCCCACCUUUGGGAUCACCAUCCCCCCAGUGACUCAUGAGGUCUGUGCAGUGCCACGUUCCUAAGGCUUUUCUUAGUCGUGUCCUUUCCCUGAAACACCCAGAUGAAAUCUGUGUCUCCUGUCCCAUGUGAGAAGUUCGGUACUUCUGAAUCCAGUAGGGGGUUUUUAGCCCAAGCGUACUUUGUCUUAUAGCCUGAGAUGUCUCUCCCACCAUUACGGCAGGCGGCAGUCCUGACAUGCAGACACUCUUUGAAAAGGAAGUUGAUGGUCAUUUUGAGGAUGAAUCCCAAAAGGGAGAUAGUGAAGCCCUUUUUAUUCUGUCCUUCCCUACACCUCCACAUGUUCCCUUCUGUAUUUGGUUUGCUCAGCAAGGUUUUGGUAGCGUUGCAGAGCUAUAGUGACGGGUUCUGUGAGAAACUGCUAGAAGCUUCCCCUAUGUCCAACAAAGCCAACGACAGCUGGCUCCAAGCUGGACCCACCGCUGGCCAAGGCCGAGCCCAUCAGCGAUGGUGGUAGUGCCUCUGUGAUAACACAGUUAAGAAGGGGAAAAACUUGUUGCACAACUGUAAUGGCAGCAGAAGAGAGGAGUGAGAAUAUGUGAGAGGAACAACUCUGCAGACACCAAGGUCAGUGAAGAAAGAGAGGUAAGAAGUGCUCCAGGUGCCAGAACAGAGAUCCCCCUGCAGCCUGUGGUGAAGAGCAUGGUGAGGCAGGCUGUCCCCUUGCAGCCCAUGGAGGUCAGCAGUGGAGCAGAGAUACACCUGCAGCCCACGGAGGACCCCACACCGGAGCAGGUGGACGCCCGAAGGAGGCUGUGACCCUGUGGGAAGCCCAUGCUGGGGCAGGCUCCUGGCAGGACCUGUGGCCCCAUGGAGAGAGGAGCCCACGCUGGAGCAGGUUUGCUGGCAGGACUUGUGACCCUGAGGAGGACCCACACUGGAGCAGUUUUUCCCUAAAGGAUUGUACCCCAUUGGAGGGACCCCACGCUGGAGCAGGGGAAGAGUGUGAGGAGUUCUCCCCCCGAGGAGGACGGAGCGGCAGAGACAACAUAUGAUGGACUGACCACCACCCCCAUUCCCCAUCACCCUGCUCUGCUGGAGGGGAGCAGGAAGGGAAAUCAGGAGUGAAGCUGAGCCUGCGAAGAAGGGAUGCGUGGGGGAAGGUGUUUUAAGAUUUAGUUUUUAUUUCUCAUUACCCUACUCCUGUUUGAUUGGUAAUAAAUUAAACUGAUUUAAUUAA